AUGGACGAUUAUAAGAAUGCUUUAAAAGCUAAACUAUUAAACACACAACCUAAAAAGCUGAAAAAAGAUGGUAAGAAAAAGACUGAAGUAAGGAAUGACAUAGACAAAGAACCUAAAGACUUAACAAAUAGGAAUAUGUUUCCCAGUGCCCAAAUCAAAAUGAGGCUUAUGUCACCAAGUACAUCACCUGCCACAUCUCCGACAAUGUCAAACUCUUCAUCACCAACCCCACCCGCUGUAAGCUACAAUAAAAUUACGGGAAUACCUUGCAAAUACAAUAGACAAAAACUAAAAGGAGAAGAAUUUAAACAUCACUUUGAACAGACAAUGAACGAACAAAUUCGAGACAACAUCAAACAAGUAUACAAUGUACCAACAGUCGAAGAAAGAUAUGAUAACAUAAGGAAUAUCAUCGAUACAGCAACGCAAAGUAGAACUGUCACCCAUUAA